AUGGCAGCGAAGCCCGUGCUUCACUAUUUCAGUGGACGAGGCCGGAUGGAGCCAAUCCGGUGGCUCCUGGCUGCCGCUGGAGUUGAGUUUGAAGAGAAAUUUAUGGAAACUUUAGAAGACUUUGAAAAGCCAAGAAAUGAUGGGAGUUUGAUGUUCCAGCAGGUGCCAAUGGUGGAAAUUGAUGGGAUGAAGCUGGUGCAGAGCAGACCCAUCCUCAACUACAUCGCCGCCAAACACAACCUCUCUGGGAGAGACACCAAGGAGAGAGCCCUGAUUGAUAUGUACAUAGAAGGUAUGGCAGAUUUGAAUGAAAUGUUCAUCUUUUUGCCCAUAAUCACACCUCAUGAGAAAGGUGCCAAGAUUACCCAGAUCAAAGAGAGCACAACAAAUCGUUAUUUCCCCACAUUUGAAAAAGCGAAUCGGCUGUUUAGUGUGUUAGGGGCACUGAGAUUAGAGGAGAAAGAAGAGAACUGGGCAUUCCUGGGAUGA